UCCACGUAAAGAUUAUCCUUAUCCCAAAAUAAAAAAUAAAAAAAACUCGCCCGCACAAAUUCGAACGAACUCGGUAGUUCGGAAACCUGAAAAAUCUGUUAUGUCUGUUACUCCUGUUCUGGUCCUAAACUCUCAAAUCUGUUCAAAAUCGCACUACAUUUCUCUUCCUCCUUCACAAUCUUCUUAAUCAUCAUCACAAUUCUGCAACUAAAAAUCAGGUUUGACGACAGCCAUGGCAUCUGUAUCAGGAGGAGCACAGAGAACAAUCCUCAUUACAGGAGUUAGCAGAGGUUUAGGGAGAGCUCUUGCUAUAGAGAUUGCUAAGCGAGGUCAUUGUGUUAUUGGAUGCGGUCGCUCUCAGGAUAGUCUCAAUUCUCUUCAAAACCUACUACCCGAUUCUCCCGACAAUUCUCAUAUUUUACACAAUGUUGAUGUGAGGUCUAAUAGUAGUGUGCACGAACUUGCAAAAAUGCUUGUUGAUAAGAAGCGCAUUCCUGAUAUCAUUGUAAAUAAUGCUGGAACCAUCAAUAAAAACAAUACCAUCUGGGAGGUUACAGCAGAAGAAUUUGACACUGUGAUUGAUACUAAUGUUAAGGGGAUAGCUAACAUGCUUCGUCAUUUUAUCCCUCUUAUGAUUGAGAAGAAGCAUGGCAUCAUCGUCAAUAUGUCAUCUGGCUGGGGACGAUCAGUAGCUGCUCAGGUUGCCCCAUAUUGCGCUUCCAAAUGGGCAGUUGAAGGUUUGACUAAAGCAGUUGCAAAGGAGCUGAAUAGUGGUGUGGCAACUGUUGCUCUCAAUCCCGGAGUGAUACACACAGAUAUGCUUGAAUCAUGUUUCGGCAGCUCAGCUAGCGCCUAUUCAAAGCCUGAUCAGUGGGCACCAAGGGCGGCGAAUCUGAUACUUAAUCUAACAGCUGCAGACAAUGGUGCAUCAUUAACUGUGUAAAGAGUAACAGCCAAACUUAACCAAUGUUUUAUUCCUUUAAUCUGUGUUAUAUACUUAUAUGUAAUACUUCUGUAUAAUGUAAUAAAAUGAGGAAGGGGAAGGGAUAGUAAUUUGUAAUUUUGGCAGAUUAUAUUAUGAACAAGACUGAUGAAAUUUGUUCAUUCAAGGCAAGAGUUGAAUAGAUUAUACACCAGAAAUGCAAGGCAAACCA